AUGACACUAAAACACCUCUGUUCAGCUCCCAGGAAACCUCCUGACCAGGCCCACCUGAGAGCGCUGCAGGAGGAAGACAUCAACACCUCCCCUCCGGAGGCUGACGGGAACCAGGAAGUGCUUGGCUUUAGUCCCGCCCCUUUCAUAGAAGCUUGGACUCGGCAACGGGGCAGCAAGGAGGCAGCUCCCCUGAAGGGUGAUGGAGUAGGGCCGGGGCAGCGGACGGCGGGGACCCUGCAGACCCACCUGGGCCACUUGGACAAACUCACUCAGGACUCAGGAAGGGAUGGGGAGGACUUGGGCCUCUUCUCCACCAAGACGCUGGUGGAGGCGACUGGUGAGCACACGGUGGAGGUGCAGCAGCCCUCAGACAAGAAUUGGGACCCGACGGGCACGCGACAGAUCCGGCCCUGCGAGAGCUCCCGUUCCCACACCACCAUUGCCAGGUACACGCAGGACCAGGCCUCCUCCUUCCAGGAGUCCCUGCCGGAGGAGGAGAGUGAAGACGAGGAGUGGGAGCCGGACAGCAGCACAGGAGCCCCUCCUAGCAGCGCACCGGGCCCGAAGAACCAUCACAUCGUCAAGUUUGGCACCAACAUCGACCUGUCCGAUGCCAAGCGGCGGAAGCCCCAGCUGCAGGAGCCGCUGAAGCUGCCCGCCUUCACGCGGGUAACCUCCACGGGCACCGUGCCGAGCCGCGUGGGCCGCACCAUCCCGGGCACGAACACGGCGCAGCUGUACAUGAAGGCAGACUCGCAACCACUGCGCCACCAGGGAAACCCCAUGGCCUCACUUUUGAACAAAGAUUUCUUAUGGGACUUUGCAGUGAUGACAGAUCUCUCUGGUUGCAACAACGUGGAACUUAUCUUUUUGAUCUUAGUUCCCUGACUAGGGAUUGAACCCGGGCCCUGACAGUGAAAGCGCUGAGUCCU